AUGCCAUCUCUGUCCCGCAGGCCUCUGGCCAUGGGAAGUGAGGCGGAGGAGGGGAGCUCAACGCUCAUCAAUGAACAGGAACAGCGACAGCAGGCGUGUCCCCCGGGGCAAGCCACACCGCUCGUUGGUAGAAGUAACAGCCACUAUGGCGGUUGCAUGAGCAGGAAUGACUACCACUCGGAGCUUCGCAAUUAUUUGUACUCCGCAGGGAUUCCGGCUAUUUUUGACGCCCUCUCCACGGCCCUGUUGCAAGAAAAGCCAGAGGAGCCCGUCGAUUUCAUCCUUUCUUGGUUUCGGAGAGAGCGGGAACGGGUACUGACAAAUGCUGAGGAAAAAAAUAUGUAUAAUAGUAACGAUGGAUCCAGGAGUUGCGAUGACAGUAGUAAAGAUGAAAGCGGAACAUCUCCGACCUUGUCAUUGUCGGAAACACAAUUGCCACUUUAA